AUGUUCUCAGCCAAGCUUCUCGUCUGCUUCUUCGUCGCCCUCCUGGGCUUCGUCAACUUCGCUGCCGCCGCGACCCCGCCCGCCUGCCUUAUCGCCAUCAUCGGCGAAGAGCCCAACCCCAACGAUGUCGCGACCAUCUGUAAGAAGGACAGCAUCGUCUCUGACAUCUCUUCCAACUGCGGCUCUGAGAAGUCCGACGCCAUGACCGCCUACGCCUCAGUCUGCAAGGAAGCCGGUGUCACCGUUUCUACGUCUGUCUCCGCCUCGGCUACCAAGACCGGCACCUCCAGCGCUUCUGCUACCGGCUCUGCCUCCGCCACCUCGGGCUCUUCGAGCACCGCCAGCGCCUCCUCCGGCUCCUCUGCGGCCGCCUCGACCUCUGGCGCCACCACCACGCCCGCUCCCAGCAGCGAUGCCCCCAACAAGAUCCAGAACGUCGGCUUGAUGGCCCUCUGCGCCGGUCUCUUCGGUGUCAGUGCUGUCGGUCUCUUGUAA